AUGGGAUCUGAAAUGGCGGCCAAGGAGCAUGUUGUCGUGAUUGGCGCUGGCGUAAUCGGACUCACAAUAGCCCUGCAGCUACAGACGGCCGGUUUCGAUGUUCUCAUCCUAGCCAAAGACUUUCCUGGACCUUUCGAGACGCUGGAUUUCCAGACGCAAAUCAACUUUGCCUCCCCCUGGGCUGGCGCGCACAACGGCUGGGGACGGGACCUGCCAGGAGACGAAGCGACGUCCGAGGAUUGGCGUGAUCAUCGCUGUGCUCUGCAGACGUUUGCUCGCAUGACUGAGAUCCAAGCCAAGCAUCCCGAGGCGGGACUGACAUUUGUGCAGGGGUUUGAGUAUUUUGACGACCCACCAGAGCACAUUAAGAAUUUAAAUGAUGAAAAGGCUGUGGCAUUGGGCAUACAGGAUUUUCGCCUGCUACCGCGCGAGGACCUUCCAAAGGGCGUAACUUUUGGAUAUAGCUUUCGAACAUGGUGUCUCAACCCAAUGGUAUACUGCUGUUUUCUUUUGAGAAAAUUUGCCAAUCAAGGCGGCAAGAUGCAGAAGAGAGAAUUGAGAAGCUCCGAAGAGGCUUUUGCGGUCUCUCCCCACCGUUCUGCCCGAUUCGUUGUCAAUGCUUCAGGAUCUGGCUUCAAUGAUGACAAGGUAUUCAUCACUAGAGGGCAGACAUGUGUCGUUGCAAAUCCCUGCGCCGUCAGCAUCUCGAGACACUAUGCUGAUGGCUCUACAUCUUUUUGUAUCCCGCGCAAUUUUGACGGGGGAACCAUCAUCGGUGGAACCCAGGAGCCGAAUGAUUGGUCUCCAGACCCAACGCCUGGUUUGAGACUCGACCUGCUCAAGAAAUUGGCGGAAACGUACCCGCAAAUCUUGAGUAAAGGCGUCCAUUUUAAGCCUUUGCGGGAUAUUGUAGGACGGAGACCGACGAGGAAAGGUGGGAUGCGUCUCGAGAAGGAAGAAGUUGGGCUGGGCAGGAUCAUCGUUCAUGCGUAUGGUGCUGGGGGCAGAGGCUACGAACUCUCUUGGGGUGUGGCCAAGUCUGUUGGGUCCGUGAUUACUGGAGCAAGCGGCGCUCUAUAG